AAUUGACAUACACCUGCCAUGCCGUUCUUGCAUGGUUUGACAUUUUAGUUUAGGCCUAACUAGGGGCCUAGUUUUUUUUGUAUAAUGUGUUUGAUAUUGUUUGUUGAGAAUAGUUACUCGGAUCUAAGUAAUAUUAACUGGCGUCUGGACUAAUUACUGGUUACUAUGGAGAAAGAUUAUUCUAUUGAAAAUGAAAACAAGCCUGAUACUGCUGAUGUAGCAGUGGAUGAUGGAGAAAACAUGUCAGAAACAAAAGAAGGCACAUUAAAUCCAAAAGAGGAAAAGUUACAUGUAGUCGAAAAGUUGAUUAUUCAAGAAGCACAAUCUGAUGAUGCUUGUUCUCCUACAGAGGUUAGUAAUCAGGAGGGAAAUUUGUUGUCUCCGCGCCGGCAGCCAGGAGAUGGUGAGCAUCAAAUGGAGGAGACGCCAGCCACACUACAAAACUCGGGGACCGCUGAUAAAGAAGAGGCCAUUGAGGAAGAAGAUGAUGAAGGAAUAGAUGUAUCAGAUGGCAGUGAAUUAGAUGGAGAGGGGAGGAUCAAGCUUUUUGAAAGGGGGCUAGAAAGUGAGAAGAAAGGGAAAUUGAAAUUUGCUCUGAAGUGUUAUAUGGCUAGUCUACGAGGACUCAAACCACACUCCAAUUUUCCUUUACUGCCACAGUGUCUCAGAAAUGUUGCAGAUAUAUUCUACAGACAAGAAGAAUAUGAAAAAGCCAUUCACUUUAUCCAAGCUGAGAAGAUUUAUUAUGAGUCUGCAUUAAUUGACACCACAGACAUACAGAAGAAGUUAGAGGACGCACAAAAGGACCAAGAACUUCCCUCCGAUGUCAGCGAGGAUACAAUUCGAGCUGACGAAUUCGAGGAGCUGGCCAGAAUAUGUCUGGACAAAAAGCAACCACAACUGGCUUUGGAAUAUGCUGGAAAGGCCACAAAGAUACGGCAACACAUUCUAGGACACGACCACCCUGUUACUAUAAAUAGUCUAGACUUCUUCACACAAGUGUAUGCAGAAGCAGGAGCUGACCAAUAUCAAGAUAACCUGAAAAGAUUUGAAAGUGAGGGUGUAGACUCCAAUACUUCUAGUGUCCAAUCAGGGAUUCUCAAUAUGCCCGAGAGAGAACCCCAGUCCAUACUCCGGAGAAGGAAACCUGGUGAAAGAGAUACAGAGAAGAGAGUUCGAUUUGAUGAGUCUGUAAUUAGUAAUGAAGACGAGGAACAGUGCGCCAAGGUUUUUCUGUGGAUCCUGUUUGCAAUCUGUGGGGUUGUGCUGUUAUUCCUGGGGGUGUACCUCUACUGUCAUGUAUCCAUGGGGAGCACCUGCACCUCCUACAAACACCAGAUCAAGUACAUGUGGGACCGAACCAAGUACUAUUACUACCACUACACACAGUCUAAACUCCGAAAGUUUGUCUGAUUCAGGACUGGAAAGUGUCAUGUGGAAUCAGCUUUGGAAAUUGAUACAUGGAUUCAGGACUUGAAAGUGACAUGUGGAUUCAGGAUGAAGAAAUAACAAAUAAAAAUUGGUAUCAAGAUUAGUUGAUUCAAAUCUGACAUAAGAAAUACAUACAUGUAAUGAUAAAUAAGAAUUCUGGUAGACAUAAGGUUUUCUAUGAUCUCAUUGCUGCCAGGUUUAUUAUUUUCUGGUUUACUUGGUACUAGUAUAGAAGUACAUUUUCUGGUUACUAUAUUUUACAUUGUAUGGUACUGCAUUUACAACUUUAAACAUUUACAAGUGUUUUUCUCUGUUUCACAUGUAUAAUGUUCAGUACGUACAAUGUAUUUGUAUUAAUGAUAUAGAUUGUACAGUGAUUAUUUCUGUCGAGAAUCUUGCUGCUUGAGCCAAUAUAGAUAACCCUGUCUUGUGUGCAAGCUAUGAUUUAUAAAAUUUGAUGUUUGACCAGUUAAAUUUGUAGGCGAUUGAAUCUACUGAGUUUUUGGAAUCGAACAAGUCAUUUGCAAUUUACUUAUAGUACCAUGGGUAUGAUUUUAAUUUAAUUCUUAAAGUACAACUGUAUGUGAUAUUUGAUACAUGUACUAAUUUAUGGGGAAUUUACAGUCAUGGCCUCAUACCAAGAUUCUCUGUGCAGACUUUGGAUUUCAGAGAUAGAGGUUGAUUACUUGUACAUGUACAUCUAAGCAUUACUGUUAUUAAUCAUAAACUUGUAUUGUACAUUUAAAACAAAGUAGUGUCUGCAGAACUCUCUGAUGUAUAAGAAGUUUAUUUUGAUUUACCGUAUAAGAAGAAUUUUUAGCGAGGAUUGAAUUUUGACAUUAUUAGCGAGAGUGAUGAGGUCACUAAAAUUGAAUAUCGCUAACAUUUUAUUACAUAUUGGAGGUAAUAGUUAUCUUUCUUACAAUUAUUAAGUUGCUAAAAUUUAUAGCUCAUUUACCCAUUUUUAUGGAAAAAUUGCUAAAAAAGUUCACUUGGAUACGGUAUUUCUUCAUGUAAAACUGAUCAAAUGUGAUAUACCACAACUGUGAUCUACACAUUCCUACGGAACAAAACCGAUAUGCAAUAUUAUUGUUAAUGAGUGUGUUUAUUGUCCAUCGUUCUAUCUUACUUUUUCUAGUCGAUAUCGUCUGUCCUUGUUGUGCGUUGUAUUGUAUAUUGGGUGUUGUUUUGCAUAUAUCAAUUUAUGUUUUUUUUCUAUAUUAUUGAUAUUAUUUCUCUAUAGACAUUCACUUUAAGAGCACAGGCAAUGAUAUCGUUUGGGUUCGAAUUCACUAUUAAAGAGUAAUCUUUGAUAGUAAAUUUGAACCCAAGCGAUACAAUUGCCCGUGGUUUAGAGAGGGAAAAUCAUCUCUACCAUCAACUUCAAAUUUAAACUUUGUGGGUUUUCAUUCUUGAUGGAAUUUUAUUGGAGAUUGGCUGCUAAGCCUCCUGCUUGUAGAAUAUGCCACAGUUCUACUGUAACUACAAGUCCUCCCCAGAAAUCUUCAUUUAGAGCUGGGCUGUCAUUCAGUGUCGGGUUCUGCCUUCAUUAAAUGACUAGAGCUGUACGCUUUCAGAAUUUUUUUCAGAGUCUAGUUUUGAGUGGAAGUGUUUUGCUGACUCGGGUCUAUAUUUGUAGUUACAUCCUUUGAUCCUCUCACUUUGAUAGCAGUCUAAGGAAGUCAAUUAUAGAAUCUUAUCGUUGCUGAUUUGGUUGAAUUUUGUUUCUAAUAAUUAUUACCAUAGCUAGACUGUCUAUUUAAAUCCUCAUUCAGUCUCCGACCAUGUUGUGACAUGUUUGCAUUUUAGCCUAGAAUAAAUUGACAAGGUUGAUUCCUUUCUCUCAUUUUAAGCAAUAUGUAUUACCUUACUGCUUUGGUGUUAAUUGAUGCUGUUCAUAUAUGUACUUCAUUAAAUGUUCAUGAAUUUUACCAAAGUUUUCAAAUAUACAUCUAUAGACAUUUAAUUUUAAUAUUUUUGUGGCUAAUUAAUAUUUUUAUGGCUGAUUAAUACAUGUAAAUAUUUGUAUUUUCUGGUAGAUCUCAGUAUUAAUAGUACCAGGUAUUUGCAACAAAUGUUGGAAGACAUGCAAUUUGUCUACUCUGAUAACAAAACAAAUGUAUUCAAUAUUAUAGAGAGAAAUCUGGUUUGUAUUUUAUAUAUUUAUUAUCUGUAUUAAAGAUUUAAAUCUUAAA